CUGAGUGAUGACGUGUCAUCGAUGGCUCAGCCCCCGACCCCCGCGACCAGCAACUCCUCGGGCAGCCGGCGCCUCCGGACGGCGUACACCAACACCCAGCUCCUGGAGCUCGAGAAGGAGUUCCACUUCAACAAGUACCUGUGCCGCCCACGCCGGAUCGAGAUCGCCGCGUCGCUCGACCUCACGGAGCGGCAGGUCAAGGUCUGGUUCCAGAACAGGCGGAUGAAGUACAAGAGGCAGUCC